UGUAGACAGAGAGAGAGAGAGACAAAAGAAAAUAAUAAUAAUAAACCAAAAAUCACAAAUUUUCUCAGUUAUUGCAAGUUUCUCAGACCUUCAAAGUUUCCAUUUUUAUUGCAUAAAUCCGUUAAACCGUUUCAGAAACAAGAGAAAAGAGAAAAACUUUUCUCGCGAAAAUCAAAUGUGAUGUCGUCUACAGGGAAGAAGAAGAAGGAGAGUAGUCCAGUUACGCCAUUGAAGAAGCGGCGAGCUAGCUGGUCUGAGCUUUGGCUCAACCACCACCACUCACUCGAUUACCCUUCAAAGCUCCAACCUUUGACCCCUCCAAUCCCCAAAUCCAAAACCCUAUUCCUCUUACCCGACCUCACCCUCCUCUUACCCGACCUCACUCUCCUCUCCAUCAUCACCAAAGUCCCUUCACCCCACCGAAAGACUCUCUCUUUGGUCUGCAAACGAUGGUCCAGACUCCACGGCUGCCUCGUGCGGUCCCUUAACGUCUCCGAUUGGGAGUUCCUCGCGUCUGGUCGGCUUGUCUGGAGGUUUCCUAAUCUAGACAGCGUUGAUUUAGUUAGCGCGUGUUUUGUCUCCUCAGGUGUUUUAGUUAGAGGGUCUUACCAGAGUCUGAGCUUCUUUGAGGAGAGUCUCUUGUCCGUUGAAACGGUUGAUAGAGGGCUGAGAACGCUCGCAUCCGCCUGCUCCAGUCUCCGGAAGCUCGCGGUGGCGAACGCUAGCGAGCUGGGUUUGUUCAGUGUAGCCGAAGCGUGUUCCACGUUGCAAGAGCUGGAGCUGCACAAGUGUUCAGACACUGUUCUGCUUGGAGUUGGUGCGUUUGAGAAUCUCCAGAUCUUGAGAUUGGUGGUUGGGGACGUGGACGGUUUGAUGUUGGUUUCGGAUAUUGGUCUUAUGAUUCUUGCUCAAGGGUGCAAGAGGCUGGUGAGGCUUGAGCUCGUGGGGUGCGGAGGAGGGUUCAACGGGGUUAAAGAGAUAGGCGAGUGUUGUCAGAUGCUCGAGGAGCUUACUGUUUGUGAUCAUAAGAUGGAGCCGGGCUGGCUAGGGGGGAUUGGGUAUUGUGAGAAUCUCAAGACGCUGAGACUCGUGUCUUGUAAAAAGAUUGAUCUUGGUCUUGGUUUAGGUGAGUGCUUGAGUAGGUCUUGUCCUGCGUUAGAGCGGUUGCACUUGGAGAAGUGUCAGUUAAGAGAUAAGGAUACGGUCAAGGCUUUGUUUAAGGUGUGUGAAGCGGCGAGAGAGAUUGUUUUCAAAGACUGCUGGGGGUUGGAUAAUGAUGUCUUCAGCUUAGGAAUCGCUUUUGGGAGAGUGAAGCUUUUGUAUGUAGAAGGAUGCUCGCUGCUAACAACAUCAGGUCUAGAGUCGGUGAUUCUACAGUGGCACGAGCUCGAGCAUCUGAAAGUGGUUUCUUGCAAGAACGUAAAAGAUUCAGAGAUCUCUCCGUUGAUGUCAGCUUUGUUCUCGGACUUGGUAGAGUUGCAGUGGAGACCAGACACCAGAUCGCAUCUCUUUUCAAGCCUUGCAGGUGCUGGUAUUGGGGGAAAAGGCGCAAAGUUUUUCAAGAAAACAUAGAGAAAGAAGUAGUUAUUGUUGUUGUAUUACGAAUAGCUGAAACUAGCUAGUUAGUUCACUACAGUUCUUUUUGAAACUUUAUUUUAGGUUCUUGUUUCUUUCUUUCUUCCUUCCUUGUUGAACAAAGUUGUAGCAGUUUAUAAUCAGAGAUU